CCGCCAUCACCGACGAGCUCGACCACCUCCUGCCUGCUGGCCACCCUUCACCCACCUACCACACCCGCCGCCAUGUCCGCCCCUAUCAACCCCUUCGAGGCCAUGGGGUCCAACAUCUCGCCCGUGCAGUCGCUCGUCUUCGCUGGUGUCUUUGCUGUCCUCACCCUCCUCAUCGGCUUCCGCAUGCUCAAGGGCUCGACCCCGACCUUCUGCUACCGUGUUCUCGCUCUCUUCGGUGCUGUCCGCAUCGCCACCUUUAUCGUCCGCUACAUCGUCACCCGCGCCCACCCAACAGACAGCGACUACAAGACGCUCCUCAUCGUCGCGGGUGUGCUCGUCGUCUUCGGCUUCCUGUUCUACUGCGAGGCGAUCCUCGAGCUCCUGGUGGUGUGGUACGGCGCCGUGCGCUGCGCCGACCUGACCGGCAUGCAGCGCAUGAUCAAGAAGGUGCGCCACCUCGUGCUGGUGGGCAUCUCGGUGCUAGGCAUCGUCGGCACGAUCAACGAGGUCAACGCGGUCAGCAACGACGACAUGAGCGCAUACAACACGGCCAAGAUCAUGCGCCAGGCCAGCGGCGGCCUCUUCGGCGCCGUGACGGUCCUCACGCUGCUCGCCAUCAUCGUCAUCGCGUGCAUGGGGCGUGUCAAACACUCGCGCGUGUCUGUCGCCCGCGGCGCGACCAUCCUCACGAUCAUGACCCUCGCCAUGGGUGUCGAGUGCGCCUACCGUGUCUGGAGCGCAACCAGCUCGACCGGUUUUGUCGUCAAGCAGACGGCCCUCGACGUGCUCCUCAUCGCGCCCGAGUGCAUCAUCAUCAUCCUGUUCGGCGUGUUUUCGUUCGAGGACGGCGACGUCCGCUUCGGCUUUGGCACAGGCGGUGCCAGCCAGCUGCAGAGGGUCCCUCAGUACUCGCCCGAGAGCGGAUACCCGCUCAACCAGACGGCGCAGGUGCCCCUGGCCCCGGCUUCCCAGUACCCUCAGUACCACCAGCCUUACGACACACCCUACGGCCAGCCUUCGUACGGCAAGUAGAGUGAUUUAGAGACGAGAGCUGUAUGUAGCACCAUAGACACUUGAUAAUAGCCUCGGCCAGACACAUGCAUCGGCUAGAGUGAGUGAGUGA